AUGUCCCUGCCUACAGCUCUGCAUCCUCCUUUCUGCCACACUCCUGCCUGUGAAGGCUGGAUCCUGGCGCUGGACCUGGUGGUGCGGGACGAGGAUGAAAACAUCCUGGACCCCGACAGGACCAGCGUCAUUAGCCUCUUCCAGGCGCACAAGAAAGCUGCACAGACCAUCACGGAGCGCAUCCAGCAGGAGACGAGCCCGCAGCAGAGCGCGCUGGCCCGCAGCGCCCGCCCCGCAGCUUCGCCCUCCCACAGCCUCUACCUCUGCGUGCGCCACUUUGUCUGCAACAUCGGGGAGGAGGCGCAGCUCCUCAUGGCGCUGUACGACCCCGGCGAGCAGCGUGCCAUCAGGUGGGGCACAGGGACAGCCCCGCUCCGCACCCCGCGUCCCGCUCCCGGCAGCAUCCCUGCUCUCAUCCCCCCCGUGUGGGGAAGCCCCCGUCUGCAUCCCAUUACCCGCUCCUGGCUGCGCCAGCUGUGUCCCGUGGGACAGCCCUACCUCCGGAGGUCCGCCAGCCGCAAGCUCAGCACGGGCCUGCGGCGGCCCUUUGGCAUCUCAGUGAUGGACAUCACGGACAUCAUCAAGGGGAAAUGUGAGAGUGAUGAGGACAAGCAAUACUUCAUCCCCGUGCACCUGGCAGCUGCUGACAACGAUUUUCUUCACAACAUGAUCAGGAAAGCAGUGGAGGGGAAGGACAUCAACCACAAGGGACAAGGGUUCUGGGUGUCCCUGAAAAUGCUCUCGGGAGACUUGAGCCAGGUGCGGAAGGACCAUCCCCACCUGGUGGACCGCAGCACGGUGGUGGCGCGCAAGCUGGGCUACCCGGAGGUCAUCAUGCCAGGAGAUGUCAGGAACGACAUCUACCUGACACUGGUGCAGGGAGAGUUCGACAAGGGGAACAAGAAGACACAGAAGAACGUGGAGGUGACGGUGUGUGUUUGCGACGAGGCGGGCAGCGUGGUGCAGAACGUGAUUUACCACGGCGCGGGGGACAAGCCGGCCAGCGAGUACCGCUCUGUUGUGUACUACCAGCAGCGGCACCAGCGCUGGAUGGAGACGGUGAAGAUUGCUGUUCCCAUUGAAGAUGUCCACAAGACCCACCUGAGGUUCACCUUCCGGCAUCGCUCCUCCAGUGACUCCAAAGACAAAAGCGAGCGGAUCUUCUCCAUGGCCUUUGUGAGGCUGAUGCGCGCGGACGGCACGACCCUGCGUGACGGGGAGCACGACCUGGUGCUGUACAAGGGUGACAGGAGGAGGCUGGAGGACGCCAGCACCUACCUGUCCCUGCCCUCCACCAGGAACCUGCCGGAGCCCAAGCUCCUCUCCGCAGGCAGUGAGGGUGGGAGGGGGGUCGGGAAGGCUAGGAAUGGCAGGAAGGGGAGCAGCUCUGACUGUCCCCUUCUCCCCCCAGUGAACCUGCUGGGGCUGUUGAAGUGGCGGGGCGUAACACGGAGGGGGUCUGAAAAGCUGAUGAACGUGGAUGGAGGGGAAGUCAUCAAGUUCCUCCAGGACACGCUGGAUGCCUUGUUCUCCAUCAUGAUGGAGAAUUCCAACACAGAUGUCUAUGACACGCUGGUCUUUGAUGCCCUGGUUUUCAUCGUGGGGCUGGUGGCUGAUAGGAAGUUCCAGCAUUUCAACACGGUCCUGGAGGCCUACAUCUGCCAGCACUUCAGUGCCACACUCGCCUACAAGAAGCUGAUCUGGGUGCUGACACAGUACGUGGAGCGGGCGGGCCGGGGGGAGCCCUGCGAGCCCCUCACCCGCACCUUCAAGGCCCUGGAGUUCGUCUUCAAGUUCAUCGUCCGCUCCCGGCACCUCUUUGCCCAGCUCUACGAGGGGAAGGAGACAGCUGAGUUCCAGUGCUCACUGCAGCGGUUCUUCCUCUCUCUGAACCAGCUGAUGAAGUCCCCACUGGAGGGGCCCACGCUGCUCGCCCAGGGAGCAGCCCUGAAGUACGUCCCCUCCAUCCUCCAGGACGUCUUUGGGAUCUUCGACUCUGCUGCACUGGGGGCCCUGCUGCGGGACUUCAUCGGGAACCUGCCGCCCCAGCGCCUGCUGAAGCAGAAGCUGCAGUCCCUGAGUGACAUCGUCAACAGCAAGGUCUUCCAGUCCUAUGAGUGCCGGGAGCUGCUGCUGCAGGCGGUGGUGCCCAUCCUGCAGGAGCUGAUCCAGAAGGGGGAGGAAGAGGAUGCCUGCAUUGAGCUGCUCAGCAACAUCCUGGAGGUGCUGUACAAGGCCCAGAAGGCACAGGUGAAGCAGCACGUCCAGCUGGUCUUGGAGAGGCUCCUGCACACCGUCAACCGGAGGGUGAUCGUGCUGGACCGGGAGCACGCCCUGCGGAGUCACUACGUGGCCUGCAUGGCUGCCAUCCUGAGCCAAAUGGACAAGGACCACUACAGAUCCUACAUCAAGGCUUUCCCCUCCCGUCCUGAGCUGAUGGACUUUCUCAUGGAGACCUUCAUCCUCUUCAAGGACCUGAUUGGGAAAACAGUGUAUCCCUCUGACUGGAUGGUGAUGAACAUGGUGCAGAACCGUGAGUUCCUCCGUGCCAUCAACCAGUUUGCCAUGACCUUGACCGAGAUGUUCCUGAGAAAUAGUGACUUUGAGCUGCAGCUUUGGAACAACUAUUUCCACCUGGCCGUGGCUUUCCUCACCCAGGACUCCCUGCAGCUGGAGAACUUCUCCCAGGCCAAGCGCAACAGCAUCGUGACCAAGUAUGGGGACAUGAGAGCCGUGAUCGGAGCUUCCAUUCGGGACAUGUGGUACAACCUGGGCCACCGCAAGAUCGAGUUCAUCCCAGGCAUGGUGGGCCCCAUCCUGGAGAUGACGCUGGUGCCAGAGCUGGAGCUGCGCAGAUCCACCAUCCCCAUCUUCUUCGACAUGAUGCUGUGCGAGUACCAACAGACCAGGAGCUUCAGCCGGUUUGAGGACGAGAUCCUGAGGAAACUGGACAGCGAGGUGGAGGGUGGCCGGGGAGAUGAGCAGUACAAGCAGCUUUUUGAGAGCAUCCUGCUGAGCUGCUGCCGGAGACACCCUGAGCUGGCUGAGCCUGGGGAGAACUUUGUCACGCUGGUGACCGGGCUCCUGGAGCGGCUCCUCGACUACCGGGCUGUUAUGAAUGACGAGAACAAAACCUACAGCAUGAGCUGCACCGUCAACCUCCUGAACUUCUACAAGGAGAUCGACCGCCAGGCCAUGUACAUCAGGUACCUGUACAAGCUGAAAGACCUGCAUGUCAGCUACGAGAACUACACAGAGGGAGCCUACACCCUGCUGCUGCAUGCCCGGCUCCUCAAGUGGUCAGAGGAGGCCAAUGCAGCCCCCAUGCAGGGCUCACACGGCCCUCACCUGCACACCCAGCGCCAGUUGAAGGAGCUUCUCUACAAUCAGAUCAUCGACUACUUUGACCAGGGCAAGAUGUGGGAGGAGGCCAUCCUCAUCUGCAAGGAGCUGGCAGAGCAGUACGAGAGCGAAGUCUUUGACUACGAGAUGCUGAGUGACAUCCUGCAGCGGGAGGCCAAGUUCUACGAGAAGAUCCUGAAGGUCCUACGGCCCAGCCCGGACUAUUUUGCAGUGGGCUAUUACGGGCAAGGCUUCCCCACCUUCCUCCGGAACAAGGUCUUCAUAUACCGGGGCAAGGAGUAUGAGCGCCGGGAGGACUUCGAGAUGAGGCUGCUGAGCCCCUUCCCCAACGCCGAGAAGCUGAAGAGCACGUCCCCACCUGGCCAGGACAUCAUGGGCUCCCCGGGUCAAUAUAUCCAGUGUUUCACCGUGCAGCCGGUGGAGGAAACCAGGGGCCGUUUCAAGGACCGGAUCAUCCCGGAGCAGAUCACCAAUUUCUAUAAAGCCAACCAUGUCCAGAAGUUCAGCUACUCACGGCCCUUCAAGAAAGGCCCAAAGGAUCCAGACAAUGAAUUUGCAACCAUGUGGAUUGAGCGGACAACCUUUGUGACAGCCUAUCCCCUGCCCGGCAUCCUGCGCUGGUUUGCUGUGACUUCCACCACCACGACCAUCAUCUCCCCCCUGGAAAUCGCCAUUGAGACCAUGAUGAAAACAAAUGAGAAAAUCAUGAGCGAGAUCAACCGGCACCAGAACGACCCCAGCCUGCCCAUCAACCCGCUCUCCAUGCUGCUCAACGGCAUCGUGGACCCUGCUGUCAUGGGUGGCUUCACCAACUACGAGGCGGCUUUUUUCCAGGCAUCCUACCUGCAGGAGCAUCCCGAGGAUGAGGGGAACAUCGAGAAGCUGAAGGACCUGAUCGCCUGGCAGAUCCCGCUGCUGGCAGAGGGAAUCCAGCUCCACAGGCGGAAGGUGACAGAGGACCUGCGGCCCUUCCACGAGCGCAUGGAGCCGUGCUUCCUGCAGCUGUCUGCUCUGAGGACCGGCGGAGUGGGCGACCCCGAUCCAUUGCCUGGGGACCAGACUGGGACCGUCUGA